AUGGGGACCGUCGCCCCCGGGUCCGGGUCGCCGCUGUGGCCCGGGCUCGGGCUCCUGCUCCAGCUCGCGACGCUGCUGGGGACGCUGGGGCCACAGGCGCAGACCCUGAAGCCAGAGAGCCUCCUGCUCGUGUCCACCUUGGAUGGAAGUCUCCACGCGCUGAGCAAGCAGACGGGGGACUUGAAGUGGACGCUGAAGAAUGAUCCCAUCAUCCAAGGACCAAUGUAUGUCACAGAAACAGCUUUUCUCUCAGACCCUGCUGAUGGCAGCCUGUACAUCCUGGGGACCCAGAGACAACAGGGAUUAAUGAAACUGCCAUUCACCAUCCCAGAGCUGGUCCAUGCCUCGCCCUGCCGCAGCUCCGACGGGGUCUUUUACACAGGACGGAAGCAGGACGCCUGGUUCAUAGUGAAUCCUGAGUCAGGGGAGACUCAGAUGACACUGACCACAGACAGUCUCUCUACCCCCCACCUCUACAUCGGCCGAACACAGUACACGGUCACCAUGCAUGACCCAAGGGCCCCGGCCCUGCGCUGGAACACCACCUACUGCCGCUACUCAGCAGCCCCCAUGGAUGGAUCACCUGGGAAAUACAUGAGCUACCUCACAUCCUGUGGGAUGGGCCUGCUGCUGACUGUGGACCCAGGAAGUGGGACGGUGCUGUGGACCCAGGACUUGGGUGUGCCUGUAAUGGGCAUCUACACCUGGCAUCAGGAUGGCCUGCACCAGCUACCCCACCUCACACUGGCUCGGGACACCCUGCAUUUCCUCGCCAUCCGCUGGGGCCACAUCCGGCUGCCUGCUUCAGGCCCCCAACAUACGGCCACACACUUCUCUGUCUUGGACACCCAGCUUCAGAUGACACUGUACGUAGGAAAAGAAGAAGCUGGCUUUUAUGUCUCCAAAGCCUUAGUCCACACAGGAGUGGCCCUAGUGCCUCGUGGACUGACCCUGGCCCCCAUGGAUGGCCCGACCACAGAUGAGGUGACACUCCAAGUCUCAGGGGAGCGGGAGGGCUCACCUAGCACUGCUGUCAGAUACCCCUCAGGCAGUGUGGCCCUCCCGAGCCAAUGGCUGCUCAUUGGACACCAUGAGCCGCCCCCAGUCCUGCACACCACCAUGCUGAGGGUCCAUCCCACCUCAGGGAGUGGGACUGCUGCCACAAGACCCCCAGAGAGUACCCACACUUCAACUGUCUUCUCAGAGCUCCUGAGCCCGAGUCAAGAGGAACCUUGGGACGCAGAGCUACAUCCUGAAGAGAAAACUCCAGACUCUUAUCCAGGGCUGGGAUCCCAAGACCUGCUGGCAGCCAGUCUCACAGGUGUCCUCCUGGGAGGCUGGAUUCUUUUCCUGAUGAGGCAGCAGCAGCAGUUGGCAGAGAAGCAGCAGAAGGCUCCCCCAGCACCUGAAGGCCCUGCCAUCUCACAGGACGCUCAGGCCCAGCUCCCAGGGGCCACCCCGCAAUGCCAGAAGAGUCUUCAAAGUCCCUCAGAGCAAGCCCAUCCACCCUGCAAUCCUGAAGCCGAGCAGCUCACUGUAGUGGGAAAGAUUUCCUUCAACCCCAAAGACGUGCUGGGACGCGGGGCAGGUGGGACAUUCGUUUUCCGGGGACAGUUUGAGGGUCGGGCGGUGGCUGUCAAACGGCUACUCCGAGAGUGCUUCAGUCUGGUUCGGCGGGAGGUCCAGCUGCUGCAGGAGUCCGACAGGCACCCCAAUGUGCUCCGCUACUUCUGCACGGAGCGGAGCCCCCAGUUCCACUAUAUUGCCCUGGAACUCUGCCAGGCCUCCUUGCAGGAGUACGUAGAGAACCCCGACCUUGGCCGCUGGGGCCUGGAGCCCACAAUGGUACUCCAGCAGCUGACAUCUGGCCUGGCACACCUGCACUCCUUACACAUAGUGCACCGUGACCUGAAGCCAGGCAACAUUCUCCUCACCGGGCCUGACAGCCAGGGUCAAGGCAGGGUGGUCCUCUCGGAUUUCGGCCUCUGCAAGAAGCUGCCUGCUGGCCGAUGCAGCUUCAGCCUCCGCUCGGGCAUCCCUGGCACCGAAGGCUGGAUGGCACCCGAGCUCCUACAACUCCUGCCCCCAAACAGCCCUACCACUGCUGUGGACAUCUUCUCUACAGGCUGUGUGUUCUAUUAUGUGCUUUCUGGUGGCAGCCACCCCUUUGGGGACAGUCUUUACCGCCAGGCCAACAUCCUCGCAGGAGCUACCUGUCUGACUCACCUGGAAGAGGAGGCCCACGACAAGGUGGUGGCCCGGGACCUGGUGGAAGCCAUGUUGAGCCCUGUGCCGCAGGCCCGCCCUUCCGCUCCACAGGUGCUGGCCCACCCCCUCUUUUGGAGCAGAGCCAAGCAGCUCCAGUUUUUCCAGGACGUCAGUGACUGGCUGGAGAAGGAGUCUGGGCAAGGGCCCCUGGUGACGGCGCUGGAGGCGGGCAGCUACAAGGUGGUCCGGCACAACUGGCACAAGCACAUCUCCAUGCCACUACAGACAGAUCUGAGAAGGUUCCGGUCAUAUAAGGGGACAUCGGUGCGAGACCUGCUGCGGGCCAUGAGGAACAAGAAGCACCACUACAGGGAGCUGCCGGCCGAGGUGCAGCAAGCCCUGGGCCAGGUCCCCGACAGCUUUGUGCAGUACUUCACCCAGCGAUUCCCGCGGCUGCUCCUCCAUACCCACCGCACCAUGAGGAGCUGCGCCUCGGAGAGCCUCUUCCUGACCUACUACCCGCCAGCUGCAGAGGCCAGGGAGCCAUGCCAGGAGCCACGGGGAGCUGAGCCAGCAGAGGGCACAGAGACAGCCUCCACCCGAGCGGGCAAGGGAGUUGGGCCUGCAGCUGAGGCCGAGGGGGAGGCCCAUCUCAGUCCCUGA